AUGCCUUCGCAGCCGUCGGGGCGGCUUUUGUGCCUUUUGUGUCAAAUUGCAGUGGUUGUUCGCGUUUAUCAGGCUGUGAUAGUCACAGCCCCGCUGCAAUCGGCUCCGGCAGUUGGCUACCUACUCCUCACAGCGGUUCGGGUUAAUGUGCCGCUGUGGACCGUGAGCGCCGCCCGUCCUUCGUCCUUUUUCUACAUCAGACCGCGGGCGCUCCACCGCAUCGUCCUCCUUGACAGCAGUGAUUGUACACGAGGAGGCCGCAAGUACCUGGCGGAUAUGCGUUGUUCGUCAGCAGACAAAAGGCAGGGCGUUCGCGUGGCUACCUGCAGUCAGGACCCUCGUUCUGUUUCUUCUUCACGACGGCAUGAUCCGUUGCGUGUCAAGGGGGCAUUACCGACACUCCUGAGUCAGAAUAUGGAUUUCAGCAAGCGAGAAGCGUGUCUUUCGGACACUCCUUCUCAGGAAAGUGCACCGACAACCAACGGGAAAGAUGUAGGCCCCAUAGUCGACUCCCAGCUUUAUGUACAGCUGAGGAAACUCAUUAAUGUUGUGGACGAACUUCGGGAUAUUGGUUUGCAACAGUUUAUACAACUUCCGCGUAUAUGCGUCGUUGGAACUCAGUCAGCAGGCAAAAGCUCUGUUUUGGAAGCAAUUGUUGGGCUGGACUUCCUUCCACGCGGAGACGGCGUUGUUACACGGAGACCUUUGGAGCUCCGUCUUGUACAUCUGCCUGAAUCGGAACACUCCCUUAACGAAGCAUACGCAGUUUUCGAAAAUAACAAAGAGAAGAAAUUUAGAGACUUCCAAGAGGUUCGAGAAGAAAUUGAUCGUCUCACCGAUCAAGUGGCAGGAAAGAAUAAAGGAAUUAUAGACCACCCGAUUAUUCUUACAAUUUAUGCAACUCAGUGCCCAGAUCUUUCACUCAUAGAUCUCCCUGGCAUUACGCGUGUCCCUCUCAAGGGCUCAGACCAGAGCGAUGAUAUCGAAGUCCUUACGCGUCAGAUGGCGUUGCGGUAUAUUACGCCGCAGACCCACGUAACUAUCGUCCUGGCGGUUAUUCCUGCGAAUGUGGAUAUGUCAACAUCUGACGCAUUGCAACUGGCGCGUCGCGUGGCACGGGGAGUUCGAACCAUCGGCGUAAUCACAAAAAUCGACUUAAUGGACAGAGGCACCGAUGCCGCCAAGAUGUUGCUUGGGGACGAAAUUCCCUUACGUCUUGGAUAUACAGGUGUACGAAAUCGUUCGCAAGCAGAUAUACGUGAAGGGAAGACAGUGAAACAAUGCAUCGAAGAGGAGAAAGUUUUUUUUUCCGGACACCCCACAUACCGACAGUUACCACCGCAGUUACUGGGAGUGAACGCGUUGAUCGAAAAACUAACGCGUGUUCUAUUCAGACACAUAAAACAUUUUCUCCCUGAAAUUAAAAGAGAAAUAGCCACCAAAAGUCGAGCGAUUGUUGAACGUUUACAUGAACUUGGUGAAGGAGUACCGAUGGAAUCAUCAGAGCGAUCGCAACUCCUUUGGACAGCCAUCACCGAUUACGUUGAAAUUUUUAAGAACACCAUUCGCGGGAAGUAUGACAAGCGACUUCAAGUGUAUUUUGAUCAUCAAAAGGAGAUAUCCAGUGGAAGCCAAAUAAGAAGUAUCUUUAAUGAAUUGCUGGAAGAAUUCAACGAGCGGCAGGUGACAGAAGAUAUGAGCAACUACGAAAUUGAUGUCGCCAUACGUUUACAUGAGGGCGAUUCUCUACCAGGGUUUCCUUCUCCUGACACUUUCGAAUAUCUCAUUCUUCCAUACUUAAAACGGAUACAAGCUCCUGUAAUGGAUUGCCUCGAACGCGUUUCUCACACGUUGGAGGUGUUGAGUCAGAAGAUCAGUAGUCGAGUAUUGGGCCGAUUUCCAGUUUUAUCUGCACGUGUGCUUGAGCUUUCUCAAGAACUUUUACAGAAAGAAAAAGAACAUACAAGAACUAUAUUACAGCAUAUAGUCGACGCAGAAACGGGUUAUUUAUUUACGAAUGAUUCUACAUACCUAGCUGAGCAUGGAAGCAUGAUAAAUAGAGCAGCAGCUGCAGCGCUGGGUGGUAGUAAUUUUGCAGCGGGCAAUUCAUCCGGUGUGGUUAUGGGAACCGGUCCAUAUGCUGCUUUCGGUCCUGACGGAAGACCAAUACAACAACCGCCUCCACAAAUGCCAACGCAUGCAGAGCGUGCACAACAAAUGCUCUCUUCAAUGCAACAGAGUGUCACAUCUCUGUGGGGGAGUAACAACAAUCCUCCAAAAAAAACUGUCUACAGUGAGCAGUUUAUACGUGAAAUACGAAAGCGUCUGGACUCCUAUUUUGCAUUGGUAUUACGGAACGUUCGUGAUGCGGUGCCCAAGGCCAUCGGUUAUUUUUUGGUGCGCCAGCUGCAAGAAAAACUUCAGUUCGAAUUGUAUAAUCAACUUAACGAUGAAUCUCAAUUUGGAGAGCUCUUAGGGGAACCACCACAUAUAAUGGAAGAGAGACGUGCACUCGUGAAGCAGCUCCAAACACUGAAGCGUGCUACUGCAGUGCUACAGCGAGACCCUUCGAUUGCUGCUUUGAAUAUAGAGGGUUUAGAUGACUCCUUAGAUAGAGACAUACGAGAGUUACAACGUGAAGCAGCAGCAGCAUCACAGCAAAGACAGCCACAUACUAGUGCUGCUGGUGGUCAGCAGCAUCAUCAUCAUCAUCCAUCAAGCCCACACACCACAAUUACAUCUACAUCAUCCCAGCAGCAGACAGGUGAUGGGAGUGGGGGUGGUGGUGGUGGUGGUGCAGCAGCAGGUGUUGGCGGUAGUGGUAGUGGUACUGGUAGCACUCAUAGUAGCGCUGGCGGUGGUGGGGGUAUCGUGAGUAGCAAUAGUAAUAGCAGUAAUACUAUCAAUAGUAGUGCUGCAACUGGCGGUGCAGCUGGCGUAUUGGAGAAGCUUCGUGGAGCAGCCCCUCCUCCUCCUCCUCAACCGAACGUUUUUGAUGCAGUAGUAGGUGUUGGUGUACGAUCAGCAAUAGUUGAUGCAGUAAUCUUGGAAGCAAACCCACCAGCAGCAAUUGUGCUAGAAUCAACGCUAGCAGAAGCAGCACUUUUGGAAGCAGCACUACCAGCAGCACUUGCUGUUACCGUAGCACUAGCGACAACAGCAGCAGCAGCAGUAAUGGUACCGGCAUUAGCAGAAGCAGUCAUUCUGGACACAGCCCUUCCAGCAGCUACUGCUAUAUUACUAGCAGUGGAAGUAGAGCACGAAGAUUUAUCGUUGAAAAAGCCUAGCCGUAGAAGCAUGAAAAGCAUUGUUACCAGCUACUGUGAAUGCGCUCCUGUAAGCAGCAAAUAUACGAGCACUAAUAGUAAUACGAUCAGGGACCAUAACAGCAGUAGUACAGACACUUGCAUCCCACCACCACCAACAGCAGCAGUAGUAUUAGUAGCAGUAGAGGCACCCUCCCACCAGCAACAACAACAAAUAGUAGUAGCAACUGCUAAUACUAUUUGCUAUUCUUACGAAUCCUGUUACUCCUACUGUCGCCCUCAAAAGGAUUACUACUGCUCUUAUGAUUACAGUCAUUCCUGGAUUGCUGGUACUGCUGAUGUACAGGUUGCAGUUUCUGUCGGUUUGAGUGCUAACGUUGCUGUGGUGGUGGCUGCUGUUGUUGCUGUCGCUGUUAUGGGGAAGUUGACUGCUGGCGUAUUGCUGUUGAACAAUGGCGUGUCGUUGGUACUGCUGGCCGGACGUUGUGCUGGUGGUGGUAAGGGGCUGACUGCUGUCAAUGCGGGGGAUGUACCGGUGUCGCUGCGCUGGUCUAUGGUAGGGUUUGCACUAGCGAUGCUGGCUUUGCGGCAGCGCCCACGCGAGAAGAAAAGCAUUUACACGGCCGAAGAACAGCAGCUUUACUAG